CACUCACAAGCAGCAGUUCUCUCCCUCGAUCUACCAUUCAGGCCUCCACUCAUCCACACUUCUUCAGUUUUUAAAUAAUCAGUUUUUUGAAAAAUUACAAGAAAUCCGGAAACAUGACGAGGGACACGAAUAUCCAAUCUGUCCAAGUCUUUGGGCGCAAGAAAACAGCGACGGCGGUGGCAUAUUGUAAAGCUGGUCGUGGACUGUUAAAGGUCAAUGGGCGACCAUUGGAAUUGGUAGAGCCAAGGAUCCUCCAAGCAAAAUUGAUGGAACCAAUUCUUCUUCUGGGAAAAGAUCGCUUCGCAGACGUUGACAUCAGGGUCCGAGUAAAUGGUGGUGGUCACGUCGCCCAGAUCUAUGCUAUCCGUCAAGCCAUCUCUAAAGCUUUGGUUGCUUACUACCAAAAGUAUGUCGACGAGGCUAGCAAGAAGGAGAUCAAAGACAUUUUGGCCCAGUACGAUCGUAGUCUUUUGGUAGCUGAUCCUCGAAGAUGCGAACCUAAGAAGUUUGGAGGUCCUGGUGCACGUGCCAGAUACCAGAAAUCCUACCGUUAAUAUCUUUAUUAUCAAAUUCCAGGAUGUUUGGACUAUGACAGCCGACUUUUUGUUGUAAUAAAUCAAAAAUACCUGAAA